UGUGGCCGGGACAGCCGGGGAAGGAGCAGGAGGCAGCCGGAGCUGCGGGGAGCUCAGCCACGACCUGCGCAUCCCCUGGACAUCAGCUCUCCGUCCUGCCAAGCUGGUGGGAUCCUUCCUCUGGAAGCCCUUCCCUGCCCUACUGAAGAGGCACCAUGCAGGUGGCAGCUUUCCCAGCUUUGCACCAAUGUAACCCAAAUGCCUAAUUUAUGGUUUGGAGGAAGAGAAUUGCAGCACUACAGCAGCAUCAUUUGAUGGGCUGGGGUUGAGUUGAACCCUGGGGUGUGUGGAGGUGCUUCUGCUGCUCCCUGGGGGUUGGACCUCAGUGUCCUGUCAGCACAGGCUGGGGCUGUGUCCUCCUGGUGAUGGCCCCUGUGGGACACCUUCACUGAGCACCAGUGCCCAUGCAGGAGCAGAGGGCGACCCUCCAGGUCACACUCAGCGAUGUCCCUGUCUGUGCGCCCGCAGCGCCGAGUGCUCGUCACCAAGAUCAAUAGGAGCCAGUCCUUUGCUGGAGUCAACUCAGCGGCUGAGCGGCCCCUCAGGAACCUCUCACCCUUCACCCCCACGGUGUCCCGCAAGCCUGGCUCCAGGGUCAGUAGGAUGUUCUCCAUGUCCCACAAAUCCCCCCCACCCAAGGUGCCGCAGCCCAACCGCCUGGACGAGGUGUAUGAAGCUCUCAAGAAGGGCCUGACAGCCUACCUGGAAGUGCACCAGCUGGAACUGGAGAAGCUCAGCACCCAGAUCCGGGAGUCCAAGAGGAAUUCACGCCUGGGCUUUCUGUACGAUCUGGAUAAGCAAGUGAAGUCCAUCGAGCGCUUCCUGCGUCGCCUGGAGUUUCACGCCAGCAAGAUAGAUGAGCUGUACGAGGGUUACUGCAUCCAGCGGCGGCUGCGGGACGGCGCCCACAACAUGGUGCGUGCGUACAGCACGGGCUCGCCCGGCAGCCGCGAGGCGCGCGAGAGCCUGGCCGAGGCCAGCAAGGGCUACAAGGAGUACACAGAGAACAUGUGUCUGUUGGAGAACGAGCUGGAGAGUCAGCUGGGCGAGUUCCACGUCCGGAUGAAAGGCCUGGCAGGCUUCGCCCGGCUUUGUGCUGGUGACCAGUAUGAGAUCUUCAUGAAGUACGGGAGGCAGCGGUGGAAGCUGCGGGGCCGCAUCGAGGUGAACAGCAAGCAGGUGUGGGACAGCGAGGAGAUGGUUUUCCUGCCCCUGGUCACCGAGUUCCUGUCCAUCAAGGUGACGGAGCUGAAGAGCCUGGCCAACCACGUCGUGGUGGGCAACGUGUCCUGCGAGACCAAGGACCUCUUUGCAGCUCUGCCCCAGGUAGUGGCUGUGGAUAUCAACGACUUGGGCACCCUCAAACUCAGCCUGGAGGUGACCUGGAACCCCUUCGACAAGGACGACCAGCCCUCGGCAGCCAGCACUGUCAACAAGGCCUCCACGGUGAACAAGAGGUUCAGCACCUACAACCAGAGCCCCCCGGACACGCCGUCCCUGCGGGAACAGGCUUUCUACAACAUGCUGCGGCGCCAGGAGGAGCUGGAGAACGGCACGGCCUGGUCCAUCUCCUCCGAGUCCUCGGACGACUCCUCGAGCCCGCAGCUGCCCGGCAGCGCCCGCCACGCCGCACACAAGCCCCUGGUGCAGCCCGAGGUGCAGGCGGCCGCCCCCGCCAUCGAGAUCUCCUUCUCGCAGCAGCCGGAGGACGCCGAGGCCGCGCCGGGGGGCGCCGGGAGCCGGCCCGAGGAGCCGGGCGGCCGCAAGAAGGAGGCGGUGGCCAACGGGCACGUGGCCUACUCCCGGACUCUGAGCCACAUCAGCGAGGCCAGCGUGGAUGGCACCACGGAGGCCAAGGCUGCUGAGAGCCCCUGGGAGCCUGUGCCCGGCCUGGAGGACGCAGGGAUGGGCGAGCAGGACGCGGAGCCACCCCCCAGCGCCGCGGCGGGGCAGGACAGCGGCGCCGAGGCCAAGCCACGUCCCUCCGUGGCCUGGGCCGUCACCUGCGAGGAGGAGGCUGGUGGGGCCGAGCCGGGGCAGAGCCAGGCGCCGGCACGGGGGGCCUGUGGCACUGGGGUCCCUGCGGCACCUGAACAAGCCUCAGUGGGAGAGAAGCCCGUCCCAGCCCUGCCGCUGCCCGCCGGCGGCCCCGAGGUGCCGCGGCCCAAGGUGGUGGAUUCGGGUCUGGAGGAGGCCAUUGGCCUCCUGGGCUCAGCCCUGGACGACUAUCGGGGGCAGUUCCCAGAGCUGCAGCCCCUCGAACGGGAGCUCAAGCACCUGGAGGAGAUGCUGCUGCAGAAGCAGGGUGUAUUCCUCAGCCGGGCCUCCAGCAUCAGCCUGACGGUGGAACAUGCGCUGGAGAGCUUCAGCUUCCUCAACACCUCUGACAUGGAGGACUCAGAGGGCUCUGAGGAGGAGCUUGUCCAAGAUGAGAGGAGGGCUGGCAGGCCCCGGCGUGGCAGCAAGGCCCCCAGUGCCAGCGAGACGGGGGUGGACGACACGGGCAUGUGCAGCGGCUCCGAGGGCAGCACCGACCCCCUGAGCAGCGGCAACGAGUUCCUGGAUAAGGCCCUGGUGCUUCACCUCAACAACUGCAACCGCCUGCUGCUGAAGCUGGGCACGUUCGGGCCACUGCGGUGCCGGGAGAUGUUUGCCCUGGACAGGCUGCUGCGGGAGGCGCAGGUGCUGGAGGUGGUGUGCCAGCUGAUGGAGGAGCGUGCCGGUGCCACCGCUGCCGCAGAAGUGGUGCAGUUCUCGACGCGGAAGGAGGGCGUGUUGUCCCUUUGGGAUCGCUGUGUCCAAGGGCCCAACCUCUACACCUGCCCCGUGGAGCGGUUCCUGCAGGUGCUCAGUGCCCAGUACGCGGCGCCCAUCAGCGAGCGGCACCCCGGCCUGGCCGAUGCCGUGUGUGUGAAGCUGGUGGAGGACGUGCUGGAUCGGCGGCUGCCCCGGCGGCCCGGCAGCACCCAGGGCGAGCACGUCACCAUCUUCCAGUACUGGAGCCACUUUGAGUCCCUUGGUGCCCUGGCGCUUGACACCUACAUGAUGGAGCUGGCAGAGGAAGCGCUGCUGGCACAGAACCUCAACUCAGAUGACCAGGACGUGGUGCUGCGGGCCCUGAAGCGCGUGCCCGAGGGCCGCCUGAAGAAGGAGGGGCUGCAGGCGCUGAGCCUGCUGCUCGUGGAGGGCAACAGCAAGGUGGUGAGCGCCGUGUCAGCCCAGCUCCGCAGCCUGGCUGAAAACCCCCGCUUCCGACAGCGGGCCCUCGUGUGCUACCUGGAGCAGCUGGAGGAUGAGGAGGUGCAGAGGCGCGUGGCGGGCUGCGCGGCGCUGGGCUGCCUCAAGGCCAAGGAGAGCAUCGAGCAGCUGGUUUACCUGUGCCAAACCGACAAGGAGCCCGUGCGGGAGGCAGCCAAGCAGAGCCUGAUGCUGUGUGGGGAAGAUGGUAAAUCAGCUCACCGUCGGCUGGAGGAGGCCCUGGACAGCCUCCCGCGCAUCUUUGCCCCAGCCAGCAUGGCCAGUACAGCUUUCUGAGCCGCCGCACCGCGCCACGCCGCCUGCCGCGCCCGCGGGCAGCUCCCGCCCCGCAGCACUCCGCACACUGCCUUAGGAGCACCGCUUCCCUCCGCCGCCCCGGGGCCGCCCCGCAGCCCGGCGCCGGGGCUCGCUGCACGUCCCGCCCACCGGUGUCCGUCUCACAGCCCCGGGAGCGGCUCCGUUCCCGCCCGCCUCGGCCGGCCGCAGCCGCGGGGAGCGGAGGGCAGACGUGCCGGGGCUCUCUGCCUCCUCUUGCCUUCCUCUUGCCCGAGGGCGAGCGUGCCCUGUCCUGGAAGGACCUGCACUUUGGAAACCAAGCCGUUUCUUGCCGGGGCCGUGGGGACUGCUGCUGCCCUUUGCCACCUGGACUUCCCCGGGACUUAAAUAAAACGAAAUAUGAGAUAUUAAUAUAUUCUGCCGGCGUUUCUUCUUUCCAGCUCCACGUGCUCCUGUCCCUCCCCCGGCUGGGGCUGCAGGGGAGCGCUGGUGCGACGCGGCCCCAGCCCACAGCCUUUCCCCGCCCCGUGGGGCCGUGCCGUGGGGGGCAGGGGCAGGAGCAGCCUCAGAGGGGCCGGAUGGACAGAAGCUGCCACCUUUCGUGGGGUUGGUUUAUUUUUUAUUUACAUGUUUGUUUGUUUUGCAGAAAAACAAAGGCAAAAACCUUCUUUUUUCUAUAAUGUCUCUAUAAAUCUAUAUAUAAUGUAAUUACAGAGAAUGACUAAUUUUGAUUUUAAACCAGAAAUAAAGCCAGACCUUUACUGAG